UCUGACAAUUUACUUUAUAAAAAAUUAUUUAAAAUAAAAAUUGUUGUUAUUUUAUUAUUAUUAAAUUAUUUACCGGAUAAAAUAUGCUUUAGUUACAAUAUAUUCGAUUUUUUAAUAGUACAGAAUUUUAAUUAUUUCCAAAAAAAAUGGUUUUAAGUUAAAAAUUAAAUAAUGACCCUUUGAUAUACCUGAAUUAUGAAUUUCAAAAUUAUGAAAAAAGAAUUAUUUUCUACUACAACUGAGUAAACAUGAGUUCAAAAGAGUAAAUAUGGAAUAUGUAGCUGCACUUGAUGUUGGCAGUACCAACCUAAAAUGCCAAAUAUUUUCAUCAAAAUUUGAUAUAGUUGGAUCUUCAAUUCAAGAAUUAAUAGUUGUAAAACCACACCAUGGGUGGGAAGAAAUCGAUCCAGAAGAAUUAAUGAAUAGCAUCGAAGAUGUAAUUCAGAAAGCAUUGAAAGAUGCUGGUAUCAAAUCAAAUAUGGUUAAAAUUUUGGGAUUGUCAACUCAAAGGAAUACAUUCAUAACAUGGAAUAAAAGUACUCGACAGUGUUAUCAUAAAUUCAUUACUUGGAAAGAUUCACGUUCUUCAAUAAUAAUUGAAAAAUUGAAUAAAUCAAUACUUUUAAAUGCAUGUAUCAAAUUUGUCAGAUACAUUUCAAAAAUACUGGGAUUUAUUUGUUCAUCAAAACAAUUAAAACUUGCUAAAUCAUUUCUUUUUACUAAUGCUCAAAUCUUACCAAAACUUAUUUGGUUAUUGGAGAAUAAUCAUGAUUUUAAAGAAGGUGUAAGAAGAAAUGAAGUACAAUUUGGAACCUUGGAUACAUGGCUACUACAUCGUGCAAGUAAAGGGUUACUUCAUAUUACAGAUUUUUCAUGUGCUAGCUCAACUGGAUUAUUUAAUGUAUUUACUAUGAAAUGGCUACCAAAAAUGAUUUUACAGUUUUUUGGACUUAAUAAUAAUAUGUUUCCUGAAAUAUGUGAUACCAACUUAUCAAAAUACAAAUAUUACGACAUCCACAUUAGUAAUAUUCCACUUAAAAUUUCGAUUGCAGACCAAUCUGCUUCUUUAUUUGGAACAGGUUGCUUUCUUAAAAAUACUGCUAAAGUUACUAUGGGUACAGGAAUGUUUUUAGAUAUAAAUUGUGGUCAAUUACCAAGUGUGUAUUCAGGAUUUUACCCAUUAGUUGGUUGGCAAUUUGAUAAUGAAAUGUGCUAUACAGUGGAAGCAGUUGAUCAAAAUUGUGGAUCAUUAAUAUCAUUAGGAAAAUCAAUUGGUUUAUACGAUAAUUUAAAAGAGUUGAAUGAAUUAUCUAGUAUUUCAGAAAAACCAUCAGUGAAUGAUAUAUUAUUUGUUUUACCAGACAGUAAAUCAUCUAAGUAUAAUGAAGAUGAUUAUAGUUUUAUUGGCCAGACAGCUAUUACAACUAAAGUAGAAAUGACAAAAUCAAUUUUAGAUUCAUUUGCAUUUAGAAUAAAAAAACGACUUGACAAACUUCAUAAAGAAAUGCCUGAAAUGAAGCCUAAAAUUUUAUGGGUUGAUGGUGGUGUAUCUCGAAAUAAUUAUAUUUGUCAAACAUUAGCAAACACUACCUCUACUGUUGUUAUAAGAAUGAAAAAUAGUUACAAAACUGAAAUAUCUUGUCUAGGUGUUGCUUUUAUGGCUGGAUUAUCUUCAGGUAUUUGGUCUAAUAAGGAUUUAAAAAUGUUUAGAAUGACAACUGAUGAAAAAUUUGUACCUCAAGAUGAAAACUAUAUUGAAUAUGAAUGUAGAUAUAUUAGAUGGCUUUACAGCCAACAAUGUAUUUAUUAAAAUUUAACAAAUUCAUAAGAUAAUAAUAUCUUUAUUAUAAUAUAUUUAUAAGAUAAUGUUUGCCCUAAUAAAGAUUAAAUAAAAUAUAUAAAAUUAAUAUUUAAAAUCUAAUUAAUCAUAUUUUAGUUUUAAGUCCUUCAUAUACUACUUUAUUCAUCUUUAAUUCUCUAAUUUUAUCGGGAGAAUAUCCUAUACUCUUAAGUACUUCGUUUGUAUGUUGACCACAAAGAACUCUUGAACUCCUAAUGGUACUUGAUAUACCUGGAGUUUCAUCUAAUUUAGGAGCUGGUACUGGUACUAUAACUUCUUCAUUUUCUAUAAAAGAGUUUCUAAUCUUGUUAUGUGGAUGUUGGCUUACUUCAUUAAUAUUUAAUAUAGGAGUAACACAUGCA